AUGACGAUCCCGGACGAAGUUGAUAUCAUCGUCUGCGGUGGUGGCAGCUCAGGAUGUGUGCCAGCUGGACGUCUGGCCAACCUGGACCACAAUCUCCAAGUCCUGUUGAUCGAGGGAGGAGAGAACAAUCUCAACAACCCAUGGGUGUACCGUCCUGGUAUCUACCCAAGGAACAUGAAGCUCGACUCCAAGACGGCCACCUUUUACUACUCUCGACCCUCGGAGUGGCUUGAUGGACGUCGAGCCAUUGUCCCCUGUGCCCACAUUCUCGGCGGCGGCAGCUCGAUUAACUUCAUGAUGUACACCCGCGCCUCGGCUUCUGACUACGACGACUUCCAAGCUAAGGGAUGGACCACCAAGGAACUCCUUCCGUUGAUGAGGAAGCACGAAACCUACCAACGUGCUUGCAACAACCGUGACCUCCACGGUUUCGAAGGCCCCAUCAAGGUGUCUUUUGGCAACUAUACCUAUCCAAUCAUGCAAGACUUUCUCCGGGCUGCUGAGUCUCAAGGUUUCCCCGUCACGGACGAUCUCCAAGAUCUUGUGACUGGCCAUGGCGCUGAGCACUGGCUCAAGUGGAUCAACCGUGAUACAGGCCGCCGAUCCGAUGCUGCAUCUGCCUACAUCCAUGCAACUCGUGCCAAGUACCAGAACCUUCACCUCCAGUGCAACACCAAGGUCGACCGAGUGGUAAUCGAAAAUGGCACCGCCGUUGGUGUUUUGACCGUACCAACCAAGCCAUGCGGUGGUCCGAACCCGGAACGCAAGUUCUGGAAAGCACGCAAACUCAUCAUUGUCAGCUGUGGUACUUUGAGUUCCCCUCUGGUUCUGCAACGAUCCGGCAUUGGUGACCCAGAGAAGCUCAGGAAAGCAGGCGUCAAGUGCGUUGUCGAUCUUCCGGGUGUUGGCCUCAACUUCCAGGACCACUACCUGCACUUCGCCACCUACAGGGCCAAACCCGAGACCGAGUCCUUUGACGACUUUGUCCGCGGCGUUCCCGAAGUCCAGAAGGCCGUCUUCGACGAAUGGAACCUCAAGGGCACCGGUCCAUUAGCUACCAAUGGUAUCGAGGCCGGUGUCAAGUCACGGCCCACGGCAGAAGAGCUCGAGGAGAUGAAGAAGUGGCCUUCGCCCGAAUUCGUCACCGAGGGCGGCUGGGACGGCUACUUCAAGCAAAAGCCCGACAAGCCAGUCAUGCAUUACUCAGUCAUCGCUGGUUGGUUCGGUGACCACUUGGACAUGCCUGCCGGCAAGUUCUUCACCAUGUUCCACUUCUUGGAGUACCCGUUCUCACGUGGCUUCACCCACAUUGUCUCCCCAGACCCAUACGAGGCUCCGGACUUUGAUGCGGGCUUCAUGAACGACAAGCGUGACAUGGCACCCAUGGUCUGGGGAUACAUCCAGUCUCGUGAGACAGCCCGUCGUAUGCAGGCCUAUGCUGGUGAAGUUACCGGCAUGCAUCCUCACUUCGCCCACGACUCACCGGCCCGGGCACUGGACAUGGAUAUCGCCACCCGUAACGCGUAUGGUGGACCAAACCAUAUCACUUCCAACAUCUAUCAUGGAAGCUGGACACUUCCACUCGACGAAGGCCAGCAACCAUCCACCAACCUCCUCAACUCGAACAAACACCCGUUCCGUGCACCACUCAAGUACAGCAAAGACGACGUCGCGCACAUCGAGAAAUGGGUCCAGCGACACACUGAGACCACAUGGCACAGCUUGGGUACAUGCUCGAUGGCUCCUCGCGAGGGCAACAGCAUUGUCAAGCAUGGUGUCUUGGAUGAGAGACUGAACGUCCACGGCGUCAAGAACUUGAAGGUCUCUGAUCUUUCCAUCUGCCCGGACAACGUUGGCUGCAACACCUUCUCGACCGCCCUCCUCAUUGGCGAGAAGUGCUCUGUCCUCGCUGCCGAAGAUCUUGGCUACAGCGGUGCUGCCCUGGACAUGAAGAUUCCCUCAUACCAUGCUCCUGGUGAGCUCGUGGGUCUAUCCCGUCUGUAA